AAUUGUCUUUGGGUUGGUUCUUAAAGAAUUCGUGUCGAUUUUAAAAGCCUGUUUUCCUUCAUCAACGUCCUAAUUUCACCCCUUUAGAAUUCUCCUUCAGCCUCUGGGUGCUUAUACUCCAGCUUCAGUGCCCUUUCGGUCUGUCAUGGCAGAAAAACCAAUGAACAUGUCGACAGAAAUACCUAGCAAUGAAGAUACACACAAGGAAGACAUCCGUUGCUUAACCACCCUUAGCCACUUUGGGUUUGAAUGUUUCCCCACUCAGAUGGUGAACAAAUCCAUCCGGAAAGGAUUUUCUUUCAAUAUUCUCUGCGUGGGAGAAACUGGAAUUGGAAAAUCAACACUGAUCAACACACUGUUCAAUACUAAUAUGAAAGAGAGCAAGUCCUCCCAUUUCUACUCAAAGGUUGGACUCAAAGUAAGGACAUUUGAACUUCUGGAAACAAACAUCCCACUGAAAUUGACUGUGGUGAAAACAGUGGGGUAUGGUGACCAAAUCAACAAAGAAGCCAGCUACCAGCCAGUCGUUGACUACUUAGAUGCUCAGUUUGAGCUGUAUCUCCAGGAGGAGCUGAAGAUCAAACGCUCCUUGAGUGACUAUCAGGAUUCUCGCAUCCAUGUGUGUUUCUACUUCAUCUCACCCACGGGACACUCCCUCAAGUCCCUGGACCUGCUGACGCUGAAGAACAUCGACAGAAGGGUGAAUAUCAUACCACUGAUUGCCAAAGCCGACUCGCUUUCCAAAAGCGACCUCCAGAGAUUCAAGAGUAACAUAAUGAGGGAGCUGACCAGCCACGGCAUCCAGAUAUACCAGUUCCCAAUAGAUGAUGAAAGUUCAGCCCAAGGGCAGUUACCUUUGGCUGUGGUAGGAAGCAUGGAGGAGGUGAAAGUUGGGAAAAGGAUGGUCAGAGGCCGCCAUUACCCUUGGGGAGUUCUGCAAGUGGAAAAUGAGAGUCACUGUGAUUUUGUGAAGCUCCGGGAUUUGCUUCUGUCUACUAACAUGGAGGAUCUGAAAGACCAAACCCACACUCAACAUUAUGAGUGUUAUAGGAGAAACAGACUGCAGAAACUUGGUUUCAACGACACAGGCCGCAACAAUCAGCCAGUGAGUUUCCAAGAGAUGUAUGAAGCCAAGAGAAAAGAGUUCCAGGCCCAGUGUCAGAGGGAGGAGGAGGAACUGAAGCACAUGUUUAUGCAGCGAGUCAAGGAGAAGGAGCUGACCUUUAAGGAUGCUGAAAAGGAGCUGCAGGACAAAUUUGAACAUCUGAAGAGAAUCCAACAAGAGGAGAUCCUGAAGUUGGAAGAAGAGAGACGAAAGUUAGAAGAGCAAAUCAUCGAUUUUUACAGGAUGAGGGCUGCCUCGGAUCCGCCACAGACUCCGGCGUGCACCAAUGUGAAGAAGGACAAAGAUCGUAAGAAAUGAUCUUUUCCUGCCAUUAUGGCUGAUUCAGAGUCCCGUUAUCCUCAAUGCGUAUACCUGUGAGCUUGUCUUCAUAGCACUUUAACUUUGUGGUGGAAGUCUAAUGUUUUCAAAAGUUAUUUAACACAUGUCAUUCUGCACUGGAGUGUCAGAUUCUUGGGAGGAAGAUGCCUUGUGUGUCUUGAUGGUGCAACAUAGACUAGCACUCCACAGUACCCAGUAAAUAUUUUAUUAAUCAACAUAGCCAAGAAGUACAUAGCAUAGUAUAAAACAGGUAUGCUCAGACAAGAGGACAUUCUUUUAGCGUAGAUGUGCCUUUGACCCCAGUAGUGAUUUUUACAACUUCUGUCUCUUGAGAGUUUUUACUUUGCAUGUUUUUUUUUUUCUUUCCCCGAGACAGGGUCUCACUAUGUAGCCCUAGCUGUCCUGAAACUCUUGGUGUUGAUCAGUCUGCCCUUGAACAGCGAUCCUCCUGCUUCUGUCUCCCAAGUGCUGGGAUUGUAAGCAUAAACCACCCUGUCUAGCUCUACUGACUUUUCUUGAGGAUGCAUAGUCAUCAAGUAUUGUUAUAAAAGGUAAAAUUAUUGGUUAUUCCCAAAUUCUAUUUUUAGCAAUCCUUGAUAAUGUUAAUUGCUAUGAAGCAUCAUGUUUUGAUUAGAACUCCUAUGCUUUGGUGUCAAACUUGCAGAAGUAUAAAAUGAAAGAUUCAAAAUCUAGAUAGCAAUAGACUAUGGUGAGAACAGUAAGUCUUAAAGAUUUUGGCUAUAUUGCUAAAAAGUUAUUAAAGUGUACAGUAUGGGAUGUGCUUUUUUUCUUCGGUUUUUAAAAACUCCCUUCUGAUUUUAUAUACUAAGGGCUUUUUAAAAUUUAAUUUUUUUUUUUGAGACAGGGUUUCUCUGUGUAGCUUUGGUGCCUUUCCUGGAACUCACUUUGUAGACCAGGCUGGCCUCGAACUCACAGAGAUCCACCUGCCUCUGCCUC